GCAGGGUUAAUAAUGCGAAUCCAACUGAUUAUGAUCGGGAAAGAGCUCCGUGAUAAAAGUACAACAGAGAAUAGUGAAGCCAUUUGACUUGACUUUCGCUGUUCACUGGAUGAGUACGCUGAGAGGUGAAAGAAGAAAAAUCCCCAGAGUGCAACAUCCUUGUCCGCCCUCACGGGUUGAAGUUUCAUAUGUGGUUUCGGUGCCAAAGUGAAAGACGAAACAAAAGGAAACGACGAGGAUGGAAUUUCUUUGCAGCUAGCGAACCUGCUUACACGCUGCGUCCUCGCACUUUGCUCCAGCUGCAAUGAGUUCGAUCGCUGCCUUCUAAUUCUUCCUUUUAAUCUCACGGUAGCAACACGAUUUAUGUGAAUUGACCAUGUAUCUUCGAGCGCUUCUUGGAUCCCAUGUGAUGCAGUAAGGAUGGGCAGCACAGGGGAGAGUGAGCCUGGCCCAGGUGGCUGAGUCGCCCCGAGGAAGAAUGCACUUCUCCCGCGUCGGCAUCAGCAAGCUCUGCUUCCUGCUCUCCCUGGCCUUCUGCGCUUUCCUGCUUCUCCUCAUCCCCGGCUUGCAGCCACCGCAGCGCCACAGCGACCCCCCCCAGCCCCUUCCCCGCACGAAGACCACAGGUGGGAGAAGAUGGACGGCCAGUGAGCGCCGAGGCCGCACAGAGGCUGUCCCGCUCCACCUCAAGGGGCCGGCGGUGCAGAAUGCCAGCGCGGCGCAGCACCGCAGGACUGCAGAACCCAAGCAAAUGGACACCGGAGACUCGGCCCGAGGCGCAGGUAGAGCGUCGUCCACAGGCGAACGAAGCUCCCCUCUGAUUCUGGACGGUGACAGGCAUCCAUCCGGCCCAGUCCGAUCCCAUCCCAAGGAUCAGCUUGAGUUGAGAGACAUAUUUAUCGCUGUGAAAACGACCAGGAAAUACCACAAGUCACGGCUGGACCUGCUCUUCCAGACCUGGGUUUCCAGAGCAAAGGAGCAGACCUUUAUCUUCACGGAUGGGGAAGAUAAGGAGCUAAGGAAGAAAGCAGGGGACAACGUCAUCAACACCAACUGCUCAGCGGCACACACACGGCAGGCUCUCUGCUGCAAGAUGUCUGUGGAGUAUGACAAGUUCAUCGAGUCCCAGAAAAAGUGGUUUUGUCACAUGGAUGAUGACAACUACGUGAUCCUGCCCAGCCUGCUGCGGCUGCUCUCCUCAUACUCCCACACACAGGACGUGUACCUGGGCAGGCCCAGUCUGGACCACCCCAUCGAGGCGGCCGAGCGGGUUAAGAGCGAUGGAUCGACGUCUGUGAAGUUCUGGUUUGCCACAGGAGGAGCUGGGUUCUGCAUCAGCCGUGGUCUGGCACUGAAGAUGAGUCCCUGGGCCAGCCUGGGAAACUUCAUUAGCACAGCGGAGAAGAUACGGCUUCCUGAUGACUGCACGAUCGGUUACAUCAUCGAGGCCCUGCUGGAAGUCCCCAUGACUCACACCCGGCUGUUCCACUCCCACUUGGAGAACCUUCAGAGGCUGCCCAGUGACACUGUGCUCAGACAGGUGACCCUGAGCUAUGGUGGAUAUGAGAACAGGAGGAAUGUGGUCAGCAUUGGUGGGGCCUUCUCCCUGGCAGAAGACCCUUCAAGGUUUAAAACAGUUCAUUGCCUCCUUUAUGCAGAAACUGAAUGGUGUCCCCGUAAGAAACACCACUGAGAAUCUCACUAAUGUACUGGCCACAUGGAAGUCCAGAUGGCAUGAGGUUCUGCAAGCUUUGCCCUUUGUGGACUCGCCUUAAGAGAAGCAGGAUUUUGCACAGGGACAGGGACAUUAUGAACUGCUUCCUCAGCUCUGUCUGGGCAGCCUGCUAUUGGAGCACUGCCCAGUCCAUCCUUGUCCCUUUCAGAAAAGACUUAUGUGUAAUUGGGUGUUGCCACGGCAGCGUAUCAAAGCUUUAUCUUGAGGGCCAUCAUGUAGCAGUGGGUCUGAAGGGUAGGGAAAGGUACUUCAGAGGAUAGGUGGGAUGAGAUGCAAUAUUAAUUUAUUUUUUACAGUCAGAGAUUAACUGGGCUGUUUUUAGCACAAGCUCAGGACCCAGAGAGAAACAUCCUGAGUGGGCUUUCAGUGAAAUCAGUGUUAGGGGGAGUGAAGACAGUUUGAUCUGUUCUUCUCCUGAAUGCAAGCAAUUAGACUGAACUGUUUCUUUUUCUCAUAAGUGGUUCACGCUACAUGCUCCACUGUGGCAACGGUGUUGUUCCAUUUAUCUUUUUUUAAUUGGUUUUUCCUUGAAUAUCCCUCUCACUGGCGUAAGGAUAUUGUGGAAAACACUUGAGAAAUAUUAUUGGAUCAUAUUAUUUCACCAGGCAAUGAUUAUUCAUAGAAAUAAAGAUUGAAAUGUUAUGCGUCAAAGGAUUGUCAAACCUGUAUUUGUCAGGGGAAGGGUAGUAAGAAUCACAAAUGUUUUCAUACAUUCACAGUUUUGUAUUCCUGUGUGUGAUUUUUUGUGGACUCUAAGUAAUAGUACUAUGAAACUGUACUGUGAUCCAAUACUACAGUAUUUUACCCUGCUUGAGAGUGCAGCUCCAGCAGACUCUGAUGAUUCCUUUUACAAAUCUAAGAACUGGAAGGUACUGACUCUUCACUGCAGGCCAGUGGGGAACAAUAAACAGGCCUCACAAAGUGAUUUUCUUGUUCUCUCCUCUUGCUGUUACACAUUGUUGUUGUUUUUUUUUUUGCAA